ACAUGUUGCUUAAAAACAAAGCACAUUGGCUUUCCAUUCAUGCCCUCAAAGAAAUACGAAAUUCCCCAUUUCUCUUAAAACACACAGCUUGUUCCACCUUUCUUUUCAUGGAUAAAGACACAAUGACACUUGUCACCACAGAACCUUGUUCUGGUAUCACUGGUGUCGUCUACUCAAACCAGCUGACGCACUGCUGUCUCACCCACGUGGCCGGCGAUUGACAGCAGUCACAGCAACAUGACAAUUUGUGUUGCUAAUGCAAAGGUUUGGGGUUUGUCUUUGUAUUUUUAUAACUGUCACCCGGCCCACGCCAAGCGCCAGCGUAUCAGAUCAGGCCGGCCAAAAGAAACGAGUUUGAAACCCCUUGCUUAGAUAGUGAGUCUAUCAAUUGUGAGCAGUACUGUGUAUCUGGCUUUUUCAUGAGUCACAGAAACCACUUUCUAUUUUUUUUUUUUUUUGUAGCCAGUGUCAGGACUAUUUUUAGAAAAAAAGUUACGUAUUGAGAGACAUGUUGUCCAACAAAAAAACCCCAAAAGACUCCUCCAACCCCAGCCCAGAGUGCAAGAUCAGACAAGUUCUCAAAAACGUCUUCGGAUUUGACUCAUUUCGGACUUCCGAGCAAGAAAACGCUACUAGAGCGGUGGUGCAAGGUGAAAAGGAUGUGUUUGUGAGCAUGCCCACUGGUGCUGGGAAAUCACUCUGUUACCAGCUUCCUGCUGUCCUGGCUAAGGGAGUCACCAUCGUUGUUUCCCCACUCAUUGCACUUAUUCAGGACCAGGUGGCUCACCUUCUUGCUAUAAAGGUGAAGGCCUGCUCUCUGAACUCCACGCUUCAAGCAGAGGAGCGGAGCAGGAUUGAGGCAGACCUACGAAGUGAGAGCCCCCGUGUCAAGCUGCUCUACAUCACCCCAGAGAUGGCAGCGUCCUAUUCCUUUCAGCCCUUGCUGUCCUUGCUGCUGUCCCGUGGGCUGCUGUCCUACCUCGUUGUGGAUGAGGCUCACUGUGUCUCCCAGUGGGGACACGACUUCCGGCCUGACUACCUGAAGCUGGGUUUUCUGCGGGAUCGUAUUCCAGGAACCCCCUGUGUGGCACUGACUGCCACGGCCACAAAGAAGGUCCAGGAGGAUAUUGCACACUCCUUGCACCUGCGCCAGCCUCUUGCCAACUUCAAAACACCUUGCUUCAGAGCGAACCUCUUUUACGAUGUCAUCUUUAGGAAUCUGCUGCCCGACCCCUACUCAAACCUCAAGGAGUUCUGUCUGCAAGCACUAGGAGAAAAGAACACAGAUGGGGGAUUCUCUGGUUGUGGGAUCGUUUACUGUCGGACCAGAGACAGCUGUGGAGAGGUUGCAACUAAUCUGACCCAGAGAGGGAUCUUAUCCAAGGCUUACCAUGCAGGCCUGAAGGCAAGUGACCGGAAGAUGGUGCAGAACAAGUGGAUGGAGGGAAAGGUGCCAGUCAUUGUGGCCACCAUCAGCUUUGGAAUGGGAGUGGACAAGGCCAACGUUAGGUUUGUGGCUCAUUGGAACAUAGCCAAGUCAAUGGCAGGGUAUUACCAGGAGUCUGGGCGAGCAGGCAGAGAUGGAGAGCCCUCUUGCUGCAGGCUGUAUUAUUCCAAGACGGAUCAGAAGCAGCUCAGGUUCCUUAUCACAAAGGAGAUUUCCAAGAGCCAGGCGAAACACGGUGAUGUGAGUGAUUCUGAUAAGGCAACCAUGGCAGGCUUUGAGGCCCUGGUGGCCUUCUGUGAGCAGGAUGGGUGUCGACACGCUGCAAUCGCUCAGUAUUUUGGGGAUGAGAAGCCACGCUGCAACAAGUUCUGUGAUUUCUGCAAGAACCCUGCUGCAGUCAGGAACCAGCUGGAGUUGUCUCGGUAUCAGGGUUCAGGUGGGAGGACCCACAUCGGGCCGGCUGCUACCUUGACCGGGUCCUUCGGCUAUGACCGGGAGCUGCACGCUGGGGGCCGCCAUGGCUGCGGCUUUGAAAGGUAUGACGGUUCUGAGGGGGAUUCUCAAAAGGAACCAGAACAUCGGAAGCAGGAAUGGAAGAGUUUUUUCCAGAGGGAGAUGAGUAUGCACAAGGAUAAGGAGACACCAAAGGAAGACUGUGUGUCCCCUGAUCAUUUGAUUCUCAUACCCUUCCACUUGAGGUCUAACCAUAUCUCUCCUGUAGACCUGUGGUCCCCCCAGAGGAUUCCCCUGCUCUCCGUGAAGGCUCGGGAGUAUUGUCUACGCAUGCUGGAGGAAGCCCUGAGCAGCCAGCAGGGGACAGUCUCCACUGGGAGCAGCCCUGACCCCCAUUCCCGUGCUGUUGAGAUGGAGUACGAGGCCUUCAAAUGGUCGUCCCAACUGUACAAGGCAGCUGUGCUCAGGAAGCUGUCAGAGAUAAAGAAGGGGAAGGUAAAUGGGGUUGUGCCCCCAGCUUCCAGCACUGGGCCCAGCGGUGCAGAGAGUCUCUCCGAGAAUGACGAGGGGAAGCCUGGAGCCUCCACUGAGGGCUUUGUGUCUGCCUCUCAGGUCUACUCGUCUGCUGCGGAGGUUCUGCAUAACUCUAGGAGCCCCGAGGAAGCUGGCAGCUCAAGGACUGAGACCGCGGAGGAACACCCUUUCACAGGAGGAUCGAAUUGGGCAGGGGGAGAUGAAAACCUUUCCACAGACAAGGAGAGGAGCCAGCAGCUUCCCAGUGUCUCCAAGAAGAACUCCCUGUGGGACAGCCCAACCAAAAAUAUCACACUUUCAAAGAAACUGCUGCAGCUUGCUGAGUCGGCCAUGAAGGACUCCCAGAACAUCUCCAAGUUCUUCACCAAGAAGGAGGAGAGUGUUGGGGACUCAACUAAUCUGCCUCAGACUCUGUCUCUGGCUCCUGGGCAUCUAGAGACCCACAUGAGCUCUACAGAGGAAUCAGGAACAGAGCUGCAGGAUAGGGCCUCAUGUUUAAAAACAACCCCAUGUGAGGAUGGUGCCUUGGAAACAAACCCGAAUCAAGAAUGCCCCUCAGUAGAAGAAGAAACAAAAUCGUUAACUAGUAACGUUGAGGAUGUCAGUUGUCAGAAAACCACAGCAAAAAAGAGGACAAGCCUUCUGCCUGAGGAGGAGCCGGAAGAGGAUAGAAACCCUUUCUCCAAUACUUGGAAGACACCUCUCGCAAAGGAGUUACCCCAGGGCUCUCAAGCCCCACCCCCCAAGCGGCAUUGUCCUGGCACUGUGCCUACCAUACUGUGCCAACCCGAGGGCAAGGGUACCCUGGUGAAAAAGGAGGUCAGUUUUCACCCCAUCCUGGCGGAGGCGGAACUGGUAGAAGGGGCGACCCAAGUGGCACAGCUGCCUGCGGGGAAGGCAGCAGUGGCUCUGAAUGAGGCAGAUGACAUUGUUUUGGAGUACCUGACACCAUUCUACAAGAAUGGCAGGUUUGCUUCCAAGGAGCUGUUUAAAGCUUUUGCAAAAUUCUUGUCUGACCAGCUGACUGAAGCAAAGACACCCCAUAGAGAAAAUGUGAAUGAAGCAACCCAACGGCUGAUCAGAAACUUCUUCAAAGAUCGUCCGCAGUGUGAGAGUGAGGAGGACUGGAGACACCUGCAGAGUGAUGAGGGGCUGGAGACCCAGGGCACCACACCAACACUGUUCCCUCAUACCAGGGAGGACACAGGCUAAACUUCUUCUUGGUGCCUUAGGCUCAAAACUGGGGUUGUAUUUCAAGAACUCUCAGCGCAUUUUAUUCCUUAGAUGCUGCUGAAUCAAAAUAAAGGCUUCUCUUCCAGCCUUACAUAUUUGCGCAUGUCAAAAAACAUAUUUGCAGGCUGCUUUGUGAGCUUCAGGGGUUACCAGCCCUGACAUGAGUAGAGACAGUAAAGGGUUAACUAACUGCAGCGUAAUGGCUCUCAGUACAGGGCAGGCCAUUUACAGUCCAAACAGGGACAUUUUAGUUUUUUUUUCAUUAUUUUUAAUCCAACAGAGAUAUGCUUCCAGCAAAAAGUUACAGGUACUGGAAAGCAAACCAACUUUACAAUUAGAAGAAGAAACAUGUUUUUUCCUUCUUUUUCUGCUUCACUCUACAAACCAUGUAUUUCCGCUUUCUUUAAAGAUCUCCCUCUAGCUGUGAAAAAUGGUAUAGCAGACGUUAGAUGCAUCUCAUAGAAAGAAACAGAUGUACACAGAGGUUUUCUAGUGACCUCCAUGAACCCUGCGGAACGGUAUUGGAAAAGUUAAUUAAUCUGUUAGUUGAAAGUUACUUGAACAACAUUGCAACUAGCUACAGUAAUGUAUUACUUUGAAAUACAGUAAAUGUAACUAGUUAGUUAUAAAUAGUUACUUCUCAUGCACAGUGUACAUUUUGCAUAUGUUUUUUUUGAUUGGUGAGGGGGAUCCCGGGUUUGGUCGGGCUGCAGCUCGAAAUCAUCUGUAAAGAUCCAGCAGUUGAACCCCUCUGUUCCCUCCUCUGACGCGGUUUUCUAGCAAGAUGACGAGAAAAGCAUGUUCACACGACUGUUUUUUUUUUCAUGUGCAAUGUAAUCACAUUCCGUUACAUUUCUGAAAAAGAAGCCAUUCCAGUUACAAGUUAGUAAAAAAUGUAUUCAGGUUACAGUAAACGCUUGCAUACAGUUAUAUAUGGUACCAGAGUUACCCUUUAGUUCUUUUACUUGGUAUACAUGCAACAUGGUUGAUGGUGGUUUUGUUACAAAAAAAAAAAACUAUAGAUUUCUUUUCAAAGUUUUCAAAACAAGGCUUUAAACACCGCCACUCCUUAAAAGAAAAUUAAAAAAAAAAAAAAAACAUAAUUUGAUUAUUUUUUUUAUUAAUUUAGUAUAUGGAGAUUUGUCUAAGAGAGUUCCAGACUAACACUAGCAAUAUUACAUUUGUAUUGUUGUUGUUUAUUUAUUUUUGUACAUUUCGCAAAUUAUUUUAAAGCCUUAUUCAUCACUUUCAUUUCUGAAGAUAUGUACAAGUACUUGAAGAACUAACAUUUAGUUUUUGAGUCAUUCUCAAACUAACAGUUCAUGCAUCUGUGUGUGGUGGUACAUUCUGGUCUCAGUAAUGGAAAUGGUAUGUAAAGCUUUCUUUGUGCUGGCUGCUCAGGGAAACAGCACCACCUAAUGACCACCCCUUCCCAAGGACAGGUUAGUGUAACUGGUAGAAUUGAUGCAUGUUAUCUGCCAUGCGCAUCCAUUUGAUGUAGGUCUCAAAUGGGCAGGUUUUAAAGAAACACAUUUUUUUGUAUGUUCAUUUUAAAACACAAAACCUGACAAUACUGUAGCUCGAACACAUUUGUUUGCAAAGUUAUGCUUUUAGACUGUCUUUCACUUCCUGGCUAUCUUUCACCUGGAGGGUGUCCCCACUUCUUCACAAGUUCCCCCUAGCAACUGAGCAGUAACAUGCUUUGACCCCGAAGACACUGCUGGGGUGAAAUUUAACAAGGAAGUAAAGAAGAAACAGACUUCCUGGAAAGCAAGGCAAACAAACUUGGACUUUUAACCUAGUGGAAUACCAGUUUUAAAUUGAAAAUACCUAUUUGCUAUAAUGUGUGUUUCAUUAAAAGUUGCCAUUUCUGACCAGUUUAGCUCAUACAAGUGCAAAAUGUGUACGAUUGAUGGAAUUUAGUUUGCUACUGUUACUUUAAUUGCAGGUCCUAUCUGAACACAAACACAUUACCUCUUUCCUUACCUCUCUCUACAGUGGAUUAGACCAGAGAUGGGGAACACACACAGGCUUGAACCAAUACAAAUAUCAUUGUUAGUUUGUUUCUUUUAAGGGAUUGCUGGGGCUUUGCCUGUUCAAAGGAGAUUUGGCUGAAAAACUCUCUCAAUCAAAGCAAUUGUACCACAAACUGGAAAUAAAGUUGCUUUUGAAAACAGCUGUGAUUUGUCCUGAUUGUGGUGUAUUAAUAAAUCAGUGUCUUUAAUAAGCAUAUAGCAGGUUUGUCA